UAUGACAGCAUCUGGAACAAAAACAACAGCCUUUUUACCUGCAUAACAAGUGAUGAGCAAUCUGUGAUUGACAGUUACCUGUCCAGGUGCUGGGAAGACAGUUCUUUCUCAAAGAUGCUUGAUAUAAGGCUAUGGCCUUUGCUGACCUGGGUGUCUUUGAAGAUACUGAUAAAUGCUGCAGAGAACACGACCACUGUAAAGACACCAUUGCUUCUUUUUCAUACGACCAUGGUGUCUUUAACACCAACAUCUUCACUUUAUCACACUGCGACUGUGACAACAGGUUCCACCGCUGUCUCCUGGGUGUUAAUAAUACCAUGUCCAACCUUGUGGGCUACGGAUACUUCAAUGUGCUAAAGAUGCGCUGCUUUGAGUUCUCUCAACGGAUGCAAUGUGCCAAGAGAACAUGGUGGGGCAUGUGUGCAAUUUAUGAACUUGCUCAAUAUGCUGUGGUAAAAGAUGCAGCAAACUACACUGACACACUCCCAGACCAAGACAUGGAGAUGCUGGAAACGAGUUUUCACCAAGCAAUCACUCUGGGACAAAACCAGGUCACCAAAAACACAGACGAAUCACUUAGUAUACAAGCUUCCAAGAGCGGCAGUGAAGAACCGAGUCCAGUUUCAACAUCACCAGGGCCAUCUGUUACAACACUGCUGUCCCGGAAAUCUGAAGCUUCCGUACUUCCAACAGAAGCACCAAAUAUAACAACAGACAGACCACAAAAAGGCAAGUUUGAGAUGUGUGAGCUCUACAGAGACCUGGAUUCAUGCCAUCUACAGAUCCCUGCUUUACAGCAGAAAUUCGGUCUACGAAACUCUGGCAUUAGAACCCUUUACGACUGUAACUGUACUGCCAGACUCGUCCAAAAGAUCUUGUCCAAAGAACUGGAUGAAACUGACCCUGUACAUUCGCUGUUGAUGGAUUUCGUAUCACAAUCCUGCUUCACCCUAUCACAGUCUGAGAACUGCAUCAAUGGAAAAAGUUGCUCAACUCAUCCACCAGAAAUACAGCUCAUCCAAAAUUGGGGGAAAGACAUGACAGGAGGGCGACAUCUAGUGGACUUCAAACGCAAACUCAAGAGGAUGAACCCUAAACGCUCCAAGAGGAAAGAGUCGCCAGUCAGAUUAUAUAAGAAAUGCAGCAGGAUGCACACUAAACUGCAAAAACCUAGAGUUCCUAAACGGAAACGGUCAUAAAGCCUGUUUCAGCUUACCAAAGUGGCAAAGAACGAACAAUGGGAAACAAUAGCAAUACAAAUGCUCUUAUGAAACAGCUUAUGUACAUUAGGAGUCAUUGGGAGAAACGCUCCCUUCUUUAACUCUCAACCUGCCACAAAUGUACUUUUUGGUAUUGGAAGUUUGUGCUGAAAUAGCAUUGUGAACAUUUAUAUUGAGAAGGGUUAUAAUAUUAAAUGUAGCAUAAGAUAAUAGGUCAGAGUGUCACAGGUAGCCUACCUUAUUAUGGGGUAAUAUGGUACAAAUUGUUUUAGCUGCAAGAAAUAAUAGGCAUUUAAAGGCAACUUCUAAGUGGCAUAUAUAUUGUAAUUGUUUGAAACAGUUAUUCUGCCACAUACUUCAAUGAAAUAAUGCAUCGUAAACAUUUAAGUCACAACUAUUUUUACAAUUGCCCCCACCCUCACAGCCACGAUAAGACUGACGAGCAAGCGAUAGACUCUUUCAUUCAUGUUCUUUACCCCACAGUCAAGAGAUAAACUAGAUAUAAGUUUAAAUUCAAAGGCAUGUUAACUUUAUACAGCAGUAUUGGACAUCUCAAAAUCAUUUUCAUACCCCAAAAUCUGUUUUCCGUUAUAUUUUUUCUCCUGAGGUGCAUUUCCCGCUUCUUCUCCUCAGGUAAAACAGGAUGCAAUUGCGCAUGCGCUGAAAAUGUCACGAUAUGUUGUUACGAUUUGUUUUGGUCUCUACUAGCCUACCUAAUAUUGCACUAGCCUAUAUCUGAAUUGAUGUAACAAGCGAGCGUUGUAAAUGUAUGUACAAUUGUA